GGUUUAUCAAGCAUUCCGAGUCUCCCCUUAAACCCUAGCCUCUAUUUCGCACUUUCAACAGAAGAGAUGGGUGGUUCACGGCGAAAGUACAAGAGAUCAAAGCCGAAAGUACGAGUCGGUCUACCAAAGAAGAACCCUAAUAUAUUCAAACCGGCGUUUACUCUCCCGCCGAAGCUCCGAUCAUUGGUGAACUCUCAUUGGGAUGACAAGGGCAGCGUUAUCGACAAUUACAAGUCAUUCGGCGUCGUUUCAAACCCUAACUUGCUUGGUGUCCGUUGCCGAACCUCUCAUAUGAUUGAAACCGACUCUCUUCAGGUUCCGCCGCCGCAGCAGCCACCUCCCUCUGAUGAUGCCACCGAUGCAUUUGAGGCGCUGGAUGAUUCUGGCAGUGAAGUUGAGGAAGAUGAUCUUAAGACAGCACUUGGGAAGAAGCGAAGAGAUGGAAAAAGUGCUCCACUGCAACCACUCACUUCCAUACAACGAGUUCAUAUUGGCAGACUCGUGGAGAAGUAUGGAGAUCAUUUUCAGAGCAUGUUCAUGGACACGAAACUCAAUAAGAUGCAGCACUCUGUAGCAACACUAGAGAAACUCUGCAAAAGAUAUCACAUGUACCAGAAUAAAAAUCCAUUACUUGUUGGUAGUUGAAGACUAUCCCGGAUGAUUUACAUGGCAAUAUGGUACUAGCUAGAUAAAGGACUUUGGAGGGUCACUCAUUAAUCAGGGCUAAUCUGGCAGAGCUCUGCAUUGGUCGGUUUUGUACGGUUUUGAAAGAUUUUGGUUCGGUAGUUUUUUUUUUCUUUCUAAAAUGUUAUAUCAAUACCAUAUCGAGAUAAGUUAGGUAGGUAUGGCUUGGUUAUUCACUUAUCGAUUUCGGUUUGUGCCGUUUAAA